CUCCCCUGUUCCUUUUAAAAAUUAUAAAAAGAAGUAACUCGAACGGAGGAGGGGCGGAGUCUUUUUUCUUGUAUUUUGCAUUUAUGACAAAGUACAUCAUGUUUUUUUCUCCUUUUCCCCCUACAGCUCCGACCAGUUCUCGACCACCGCAUGCCCACUCUCGUCACGAAAAAUGCCUUCGGACCGGAGUCAGCCUUUCAGCCCGACAUGAGCGGACUGCAAGCCUUGACCGCAACGCCCCCGCGCCACAUGCGUGACGUCAGAGCAGCCAUGCAGAGGGAGUUAAAAUCUCUGACCAAACUGCUGCAACGUGUGGAGAAGGCGUACUAUGGGGAACGAGGAAACAUUAACAAUGAGGUUGAGCAUUAUGUCUACUCAGUGAAGAUGCUCAUGAAAUCUCUCAUGAUCUUUGACCUGAACAACACUGCCGCUGUGGACGAUAUGAUCAAACUGGCCUCUAAUCCUUCACGCUACACAGGGGAGCCCAAGUAUCUGAAAGACCUCAAGGAGAUUUACAUUAAGCGUGUUCUAUUCGUAGUCCUUUUCGCGGACGCCUGCACUCACCUUCGAAACGUCAUAGAGGUCAUGAGGGCAUGGGUCAAGGCCGACGAGAACUACUCCUCCUACGUCAAGAAUGAUCUCAACGAACUGGACUCUCUCAAGGAAGACAAGGUCCGCGACUUGCGUGAGUGCCGCCAGAAGAGCCACGGGCUCACCUACAAGCUGACUCAGCAGGAAGUAGACUACUCACGCCUGGCCGCCGACGUGAACUCCCUGAGGGAGAAGGAAGGAUCUCUGCGCAUUGAGGAGGUGCAUCUGGCCAACCUUAACACAGACACAGAGCGAGAGGCGCUGAAAGAGAAGCUUCCACUCUUGGCCCGUCAGAUCGCCGCCGUUCGCCUCAAGCGGACCUGGAUCGACGACAAGAUGGGAGCUCUCGACCGCCUCUCUCACGGCAUGCUGGAAACCAAACGGGAACUCAAACAGGUUGACAUCGACCGAGCCCGUCGGGAGAAGGAAUACUCGGAGGUGGAGCGUGCUGUGGACGUGGCAAAGAGAGUGCUCAUGUGUAAGACUGCCAGCGACUCUGUGGAGAAACUUUACUACAAAGUGCCCAUGGCGGCUCGGGCGGCCAGAGUUGUCAAGUCCAAGGAGGAAGGAAAUAUUGCAGACCCUGUCGACCGCGCAUGCGCCAUCAUCUGCAAGCGCAUCGAGCGCGACUGGACCGCCCUGUACCGUGCACUGCCCUUCCAUCCUAUCCGCGGCUCGGAGACCAUCAGCCAGGACAUCGUGGACCUGACGCAAGGGGGCGCUCGAGGAGCCUACGCCCUGGUGGCGAGGCGGGCCUUAGACCGGUGGCGCCGCUACCACACUCGCAGCAGCGUAGAGGACUUACGCCAAGCCCUGAGGAAGAUCCGACGUCUGGAUAUCCUGAAGACCGUAGAUCUCAUCCUGACGCCUCCGGCCAAGGUGAUCACCGCGCCUUUCGAAGUGGUGGAGGAGCCAGCGCCCCCUGUCGAGGCGCAUCUCAUUCCCUUCUACAAGCAAAUAGAGCGCUACGAUCAGAUCAGGGCAAACAGGCUUGCGGCCGAGGCGGAGGCAGAGAGGAGACGGAUGGCUAAGUUAAAAGCCGCGUAAUUACGUGUAACUCUUUCCCCACGCUAAUAGCCUUGAUACUUAACUUUUAACUCAUUGAGGACGAGUGUUCUGGGUUUUUCAACAACGCAUGAAGACUGGUUGGUUCGUAGCUCUUAAAAAAAGAGCUCAACGUCGUUAUUCUUGCAGCUUUUUCAAUUGUGUUUCCUUCAUCUGAAACGUAAAAAGGCAGGCGUACUCUGCACAUUCAUUUUUCUGAUUUGUGUAUGAUGGUUUGAAAUCUGCCGCAGCAUCACCUCUGGUCUGCUGAUGAUAUGACAUAUUAUGUGUUCACCGCGUCCUUUAAGUGUUAACAGCACAAUCAAAGAACAAAAGGAGCAGUAGGAGGUUAUAUUCACCUUACACCUCAGUUGCUGGCGUGCUUUAUACUUAUCUGAGCAUUUAGGUGGAUAACUUGAAGUCAAUUCGCUGGCUUUCAUCUGUACCUGGGAAGUAUUAUAUUAUCAUUCAUCUUUAGCAGGCCCUUACACAACCAUAAGUAAUUGGUGAUUGGAUAUGGCGCAACCAACGAGAAGUGUAAAGAAGAGUGCAUUUUCGAUAUACCAAAGGAAGGAUCAAACAUGUGUAAAAGCUAAAUUAUUAUUAUUUCGCCUUUCGAGAACGUAGGCAGAAAGUUCUCUUCUGAACCAAGACGAAUUUUUUUCUGCGUUACGUAGCCGAAGCAGCAAGAGAUAUUGGACAUGUAGCCACUAAGAUCGCGAAAAUGUACUUUCGAGAAACUCUUAUUAAUGUAAUACUUUCGUCACCGUUGCUGCCUUCGUUCCUUCUCUCAACUUGCUGACACAUGCCCUGGGCUGUUUGAGACUUGUACCAUUUCGUAUGAAACAAGGAGGCUUUACUCUCAUCACCCGCUGGUCAUCGGCGUGCUUGUCGUCAACCGAACGACAUGAUUGAGGUUACGUAAAAUAAAGACCUUCAGUUUCAAGGGAGUUACACACAGAUUCCAGAAGGCAACAGGACCUCACCUCGCUAUUAACUCACCCAGAACGCCAAUUCUGGUCCUUCGACAACGCUUGAGAAUGCCCUGUUUUAGCGGCACUUUCAAAAAGAAGCACAAUAUUAACUUCUUUUGUUCUUACAGAUGUUUCACCUGUUUACUUUACCUAUAACGUUUUUUAAAAAGGCAGGAAUACUGUGAAAUAUGCAAUUCGUGUUUCUGAUGAUGGUUCUAAAAGUGCUGCAACAUGAUCUUUGGUCUGCUGAUGAUUGGACAUAAUUAUCAUCAUAUUAUGUGUCCGCUACGUCACCAACGAGUUAAUUAAGCUGACAUGUUUAAUGACGCACGCUGGAUGGAAUCAGUCUGACAAGACGAAACUCAAACUCAAACACAAAAAGGCAAAAAAAAAAGAAAAAAAAAGAAGAACAAUCUAGGCGGACAUUUUUGUUUGAGUGCGACGUGAAAAUCGCAACCUUCGUACUGUAAACCUUUUACAUGAAAGGAAGACGGCUUCAGUUCGUUUGUUAAGUUAAGUCAGCAUGCCUUGAAUACCAACCGCGUUCUCAUGUUCUUGAUUAUAAAAUAAUAUGCAGUUGCGAGCACGGUAACACUUACCAAACUGGAGACUCACCAUACCAAGUGUGACCGACCAUCUCUCUCCUAUACCUGGCGGAGGACGUAACAGUUUUGCUGAAGUCAGGAGCUUCCAGAUGGAAAACUCAAAUAGCCACUCCUAUGAUUUUUUAUUUGAAAAAAUUUUUUUUUUUUUUGGGGGGGGGGGGGUCUCAUUUUCAUCGAAAACCCCAUUGUACCACAAUUUAUUUAUCGAGCACUUUAAUUUCAAGUGUUUUUACGCCCCUACCGACACAAUUUAGAUCACUUUGGGGACGGGUUUCCAAUCUAAUAUGUCAGGACCAACGGGACUGAGAGCGAAGGAUUAAAAUGUAUCUAUCUAGAAUCGCCAGCUGCACCAGUUGCAGGGAACUGUCAAUGUGACAAAACUAAGUAUUAUCUUAAAUAUAUCUGCUAUUAUUUCUUUUUUUUUUUGGGGGGGGGGGUACCUCUUGGUUCUACUUGUGCUUUAUGCACACGCCAGUUUGUUUUGCAGAGAUGCGCUGUUGAAUACAUAUUUGCUAUCUUGUUCACUUUCUGAGAAUUAUGAUAUUUUUCAUACAUUUGUCACAUUGUGUCUCCAUCUACCA